AGAAUAAGAUACGGACUGAGUGAGUGGCUAGUGUUUGAGUUUGACAAGUUCCAUCAACCGUCAAAUCACUACAAUAGAUUUUAUUAUUCAAUACUCACUAAACAAGUUCACAACUAGCUCGGGACUAUUCAGUCGUUCAGUGUCGGUGUGUUGAUCUGUUUAUGUCUUUCCAGAUUAGAUUUGGUUUCUUUUGCUAGGUAGUCGAUGGGCUUGAUUGAAGAUGAACUUGAAGAAGUCCGUAAACUCUGUGAACAUCUCAUUGCUGGCAGUAGACUCAUUUCUUGUGUUCGAUCUAUGGUUCGUGUCGAAAUAAAAAGAACUCAAUUCAAACAGCUGGUUAUCUGCAUCCAAUUCCCUGAGGACUACCCAGCAUCACCUCUCCUGAUUGAGUUGAAGUCAAAAACAUUGGUGGAUCAGCUGUUAGCGAAAGUUACAACUGUUUGUGAAGAGGAAGCAAAAAAAUACUUGGGAAAACCACAGAUUUUAAAGGUUCUCAAACUUCUAAGAAAUUUUAUUGAUGAGAAUCCUUUGUCCUGUUGCUACAAUGAGGUCCUUGCCUUAAAGAAGCAGUUACAGGGUGAUCUGGACGAACUGAAAGUCCGUCAGAAAACAUCUUCUCUCAUCUUAAGAGUUCAACAGGGAAAUUACUAUUUAAGAGCAAAAAUAUUAGUGCCUGACGACUACCCUCUUAAAAACGUUGGGUUAGAGGAUGUGGACACAAACUUCCCACCGUUGUUUGAACGUUUCUUCAUCGCUCAAGCUAAAGAGAUUUCAAGACAGUGUAUUGAGCCACCGCUGCAGAGGAAGCCGUCAGACGCCUUCAGUCCAAAACCGUCUGUGUUGCCCACGGUCAGUUUCCUCAUUGAGGCAGUCAAAACGAUUCCUCAAGAUAAAUGUCAGUUCUGUCAGGAACAGUGUCUCCCUCCAGAUCCACAGAAUGUGGAAAAAAACGAAUCAGCAGACAUGCACGUGGAGAGAGUAUACUGUGGCCAUUUGUUUCAUCUGCAAUGCCUCAUCACCUACAUGAAGACCCCUCCGUUCAAAGGUGGGAAGAAGUGUCCACUCUGCAACAAACAGAUAUUCCAUGACAAGUGGAAGGUGAGCGAGAGGUUGGCCGAGGUCAGGUGGGCUCAUCAGCAGGCUCGGGAGAGAGAGCUGCAAGAGGUCUCGGAGUUUUUUGAAUGAAUUUGACAGAUGUAAAGCUGCAUCGAUGCAUCCUAAAAUACACUUUGUUAUUUCCUGGACCCACCUGCUGCUCCUUUGAAAGAUAGAUAUUGUUUGUGAUGUAUUGACAUAUCAAGACACUUAAUUGAAGAAUACACAAGAGGAUAAAAAAAACUGUAAUUUUAUUUUAAUUUUUAUAUAUGGAAUACUAAUUAUAUUAUGUGACAAUUUUACUAUGUGGAUUUAAUUAUGUCAGAGUAAGUUAAUAUUGUAUACAAGCUUAAGUUUAAUGUUAAUUUGAGCAAUUAAAAUGAUUUUUGUUUUUAACUUGCAUUUUGUCCUAAUGUAAUAAAAUGUAAGUAGCUUAAAACUCAUUUUCCGUAUUUUAUUUACAUUUUUAUCAGCCAUUUAUGAGUAAAGAUUUAAGUACUGUAUUUAUUGUUUACUUUUAGUUCAUCUUAUCAACUUUGUUGUUUUUAUUUUUAUAGAUGUAAGUUCUCUUUUACAAACAUAUUUUGAGUGAUCAAACAAGUCAGAUUUUAAGUUAGUUACAAAAUGAAGUAAAGUAUUGUAUUUGGAAUAAAAAUAAAAACAGAUUCAAGUGGGUUUAUGUAAUUAACAUUUUACUGUAAAUCAUGUGCACGGGAAAUAACCAAUUUGUUGACUAUAUUCAUUGAAGUACACAAGCCAAUAUGUAUUUUUCCUUAUGUUGUAAACUUUUUCUCAAAACUUUGGCAAUUAAUUGUCAAUAUUAUGCCUUCUCCAAAAUAUAUCUCCAGUAAUGAUGGUGAAAGUUUAUAUUUUUUGAUUCCAAUAAGUGUCAAAUUACUGUAUAAAUAAUAUAGGGCAAAUUGUGCUAAUCAAUGUUACAUACCUCCAAAAUUACCUCAGGGAGGUGUGGAACAAUUUAUUUGGAGACCAAAGUAACAUGCAGAACAAACAUGUGUUUAUGUGUUUAUGUGUUAAAAAAGAUGUUAGUUUAUUUACUGAUGUGCCAAUUCUAAAGAUUCUCAUCUCCACUGUUUAAUCACAACAGGAAACAGAUCUGUUAAAAUGGCCUAGAGUCCACUGUGUGUUGCCGGUUUUUAAACUACCAUAAUAGUUUUUCUGUGUGAAAAACCAAUAUUAACCCUCCGAGUGCCACAUAUCCACUCCCUUAGUGCCACAGCUUUUUUUGGCGUGUUUACAGAUCUCUUUUUAAAACACUGUAUAAAAUACAAUUUUGUAAUUAAAUUGUUCAUGUAAUAUAUCAAUGUAUUCAAAAAACGAUAAGGAACAAAAGAAGUAUAACAGUAUUGUACUUGCCCUCUGUCUGUUCAAGUAUGUAGCCCUCCGAAGUGAAAUAAAAUGUUCACAAUUUUGUCAUGUCCAAACAUCCACUACGCAAGAUUUCACUAUGUACACAAAAACACAGUUUCAAAAUAGCCAUUUUAUUCCAAAUUUAAUAAGUUUUACAAAUAUAUAAACUUUUUUUAUAUUUAAACUAAAAACCAAACUAUAAAAUUGAAAAAAAUCACAAGUAUAUACACAAUUUGUCUCCGUGUUUACUCUGAGUGUCUGCUUUGUGAUGCCUUUCUUUUUCUCUCAGGCCUAAGGGUCUCCAGAAAUGUUCUAAUAAGUGGAAACAUUCCCUGUGCACACCUGUAUUACAGCCAGGACACCAAAAUCUGCUUCGGCCUCUUUUUUUUGAUUUAGCAAACUGUGCACCAGCGUAAUUUGACCCUAGCUUCAAGGUUCAUUAGGGUCCGGUUCGUACUAUUCACCAC